UUUUGCAUCAUUAUAAUAGUUAAUCUUCUACAUUUCAAAUAUUGACUGUGUACAAAUAUCCGGUUUGGUGAUAAUGCUAGAUAAGUUAGUGGUGAUCGAAAAUAAAGGUAUUUUUGAAAAGAAAAAAAUCAGCCUAGACGUCGGCAAAGAGAAACCUUGGAAGGUUGAAGCGUCUACGACAGCGAAAAACUGUAGAAAUUUUAUAAGGGAAGUUGUAGAUAAUCUUGAUCUUCAACCCAAUCCGGAGAAACCAGUUAUUGCAUUAUCGUUAGGUGAUCCUACAAUCUUUGGCAACCUCAAACCCUCCAAGGAAGCUAUCGAAGCGGUAGUAGACAUCUUGCAAGAAGGAUCAUGCAACGGUUAUGCCCCCAGUGUCGGACACGAAGUGUCUCGUAAAGCUGUAGCUGAGUAUCUCAGCUACGAUGGGGUGAAGUACACGGCUCAGGAUGUGAUCCUUUGCAGUGGAUGUUCGUCGUCUCUAGAGAUCAGCAUUACGGCUUUGGCCGAUGGCACAAAAGGACAGAACAUAUUGGUGCCGAGGCCCGGGUUUGCCAUCUAUCGGACUUUAGCUGAAGCUAUCGGUGUAAAGGUAAAGUUCUACAACCUUUUGCCAGAAAAUAAUUGGGAAGUUGAUCUGCAGCAUCUUGAAGAUCAAAUCGAUAACGAUACAGUGGCAGUUAUUGUAAAUAAUCCUUCAAAUCCUUGUGGAUCAAACUAUAGCGCUGAACACCUUGGGGAUAUUUUGAAAAUUGCUUAUCUAAACAAGGUGCCAAUUAUUGCUGAUGAAAUAUACGAAAGAUUGGUUUUUCCAGGAAAUAAGUUUGUUUCUAUGGCAUCCCUUCAUUCCGGUGUACCGAUAUUGGUAUGCGGAGGACUGGGAAAGAGAUUCUUAGUACCUGGCUGGCGAAUGGGUUGGAUCGUGGUACACGACGAGACAAACGCCUUCGAUUAUAUUCGAAAAUCGUUGAUUAGUUUGAGUCAAAGGAUUAUUGGAAGCAAUACGUUGAUUCAGGUAACGUAUUUCCUUUUAUCGUCCUCUCAAACUUUUCAUUAAUAACAAGAUGACCCG